AAAACGGGAAUGAAUUAAUGCAUUUUAAAAUUAAUUUAUUGUGGUGGUUUAAGUUGCAAGUAUCUUAAAAACUAUUUAGUAAUAAAAUAAGAUAAUAUUUUACACGAGUCCUAUACAAAUUAUUUAAUAUAUUUGUUUCCUUUUUGUAAUUUAAUUAAGUAAAUAUGUGGUCUGAUACUAUUCUCAUUGUAUUUAUUUCUAUUUGCACAGCUCUUUUGGGAGAAGGAUUGACAUGGUUAUUAGUAUAUAGAACAGAGAAGUAUCAAAAGCUUAAAGUAGAAAUUGAAAAAUCUAGUAAAAAGCUUGAAAAACGUAAAGAAGCUCAUGGAGAUUCAGUUGACAAACAACAAAAGAAAAAAAUAGAACGAGUUGAAGAAAAACUUAAAAUUAAUAAUCGUGACUUAUCUAUGGUGAAAAUGAAAUCCAUGUUUGCCAUAGGAUUUGCUUUCACUGCUCUAUUAAGUAUGUUUAACAGCAUAUUUGAUGGUCGUGUUGUUGCUCAAUUACCUUUUACCCCUAUACCAUGGGUUCAAGGAUUAUCUCAUAGAAAUUUACCUGGUGAUAAUUUUACAGAAUGUUCAUUUAUAUUUUUAUAUAUUUUAUGUACAAUGUCAAUACGACAGAAUAUUCAAAAAAUUUUGGGAUUUGCACCUUCCAGAAUGGCUAACAAACAGAGUGGAGGUAUUUUUGGUCCGCAGCCACAACAAUUUAAAUAACAAAUUUAUUUGGAAAACCUUAGAAAUGUAUUAUAUUUCAUAAAUUCCUCAAAAUGUAUAUAAUUUUUUGAAUUGUACAUAGUUAAUAAACUAUGUAAAUUGUAACUCAAAUCAAGUUUUAGAAUAAAAAGUAAAAUAUAUUCUAAACAUUUAUAUAAUUAUUAUUUUAGUUGCAUUCAAUUUUAAUUUCUUAUAAUAAGUGUAUAAACUGAUUAUAAAAUUAGUUUACAACUGUAAAAUUUAUAAUUUUAAUUAAUGAAUUAAAUUAUUACAUGCUUGUCAUA